AUGGUGAGAUCGUUCCAACUUAGAAUACUUUACAUGGAGAUCAAGGUGACUUACUGGGAGAUUGGACAAAUUAAACUGAGUUUAAUGAACUUACAACAGAGACUGAGAACGACAGAGAUAGCAUCAGUGAAUGGUUUCUUGCUUGUGCAAGAUCAGGUCUUCUGGCGGGAAUUUCGGAGGUCAACUAGCAAUCAACAGGAAAAGUUCAAUGCCCUCUUUUUGAGGCAAUUGGGGCACGUCACCAACAUGCCAUCAGCUGAUUGGGUUGUAAACAAGACUGAUGUUCCUAUACCUCACGAAGACUAUGAGAACAAAAUGCUAAACAUAGUAUCGGACGAGUCAACAUACAAGAAAAUACCAAUGUCCAAGACAAUCACUACAGAAAACAAGAACAAUGCGUUGGUGAAAAAACUGUACGAUAGAGGACACAUUGAUCCUAUCACUAGACGACAACUUACCACGCACAAUUCAAGGACCCCUAGGAUUUAUGGACUCCCCAAAAUCCACAAACCAGAUACUCCCUUAAGACCUAUUGCAUCAUGCAUAAAAUCACCCACAUACAGUCUCUCUAAAUUCCUGAUACACAUUCUCAGGCAAGCAACCAAUUUAGGAGGAUACAGCGUGAAGGACUCGUACGAGUUUGUGGAUAGAGUCUGUAACACAGAAGUACCCGAAGGAUACAUAAUGAUCAGUUUGGAUGUGGUAUCCCUAUUUCCAAACAUCCCACGUCAGCUGGCAAUGGAAAUAGUAGAUGAACUCUGGAAUUCUAACAAAAUCAACACAGAUAUUAGUAAGGAUCUCUUCGAACAAAUGCUACGCCUAUGCCUCGAAACAAGCUACUUUACAUACAAUGAUCAACAUUAUGUCCAAAUUGAUGGAAUGCCCAUGGGUGGCCCGCUUUCCCCAGUGAUUGCAGAUAUUGUUAUGGAUCAUGUAUUGAUCAACAUAACCCAAAGAAUCCCAUUCCAAAUUGUCUGUCUGACUAAAUAUGUGGAUGAUUUGUUCUGCCUGAUCCCACAUGACAAAUCCGAUGAAGUCCUAUCGUACUUUAAUAACUACCAUGAAAAACUCCAAUUCACAAUUGAAAAAGAAGUUGAUGGAGCCAUACCAUAUCUGGAUACAUACGUAGUGAGACAAGAAUCAUGCAUGCGUACAAUGUGGUACAAAAAGCCGAUAGCAUCGGACAGGAUGCUAAAUUAUCACUCAAACCAUCCUUUACAACAAAAAGUCAGCACUGCGAUUGGUCUCAUUAACCGGGUUCUCAAGUUAACAACAGCCAAUACAGACAAUACGAAGAACAUAAUUAUUACAAAAUUAAAAAUGAAUGGUUUCCCGACUAGAUUAAUCAAUGCUCUCUGGAACACCCACAACAACAACACAAAUCACAACACAACACGAGAGGACACAAAUCCAAAUGACGUCACAUAUAGAUCCAUAAUGUACAUACCAACACUCAGGAAGCAGAAGAUUCUUUCCACAGUUGUGAAGGAGGAACUGAUCAAAUGCAUGAGCAAGGAGAACGUCAUCAAUCGGAUCACAGGAGAGAGGAAUGAAAUCACCAGACUUGGGGGUCAACGAUCCCACGUAACGGAAUAG